AUGACUUCCGCGAUUACGUCUGACGAACUCCGGACGGACGAUCAUGAGCUGGUCAAUGCAAGUGGGCAUGCCCAAGAGCUGGAGCGAAACUUCAGUCUACUCAGUGUCGCGUCGGUUGGUAUAACCACUGGGAAUACCUGGGCUGCUCUGGGUGGCUCAAUUGCCAUUGCCAUCUACAAUGGAGGCCCUCCAGGAGUUCUAUAUGAGCUCAUUGCCUCCUCCGUGUUCUACUGGAUGGUCGCUGCCUGCAUCGCCGAGCUCGCCUCCGCCAUCCCCUCCUCCGCCGGCGUCUACCACUGGGCCACCGUGACCGCCGGCCCGCGCUUCGGCAAGCCGGUCGGCUUCUUCGCCGGCUGGUGGAACUUCUUUGCCUGGAUCUUCGGCGCCGCCUCCAUGUCGUCCAUCGUUGCCAACCAGACCAUCUCCAUGUGGUCGCUGUUCCAUCCCGACUACGCGUUCCAGCGUUGGCACGUCUUCGUCGUAUACCUGAUCACCACGUGGAUGUGCUGCGCCGUCGUGCUGUUCGCCAACCGCGCGCUGCCGUAUGUAGGGCAGAUGGGCUUGUUCUUCAUCCUUGCCGGUGUGCUCGUGUCGAUUCUGGUCUGCGCCAUCAUGCCGAGCACCACCGGGACCGGCCACGCCAGCGACCACUUCGUGUGGAAAGAUUGGCAGAACAUGUCUGGGUGGCCGGAUGGAUUCGCCUUUUUAACCGGGAUGCUGAACGCCGCGUAUGGCGUCGGCACGCCGGACUGCGUCUCGCAUCUGGCGGAAGAGAUUCCGAAUCCGCGAACCAACAUCCCGAAGGCGAUCGCCGCGCAGAUGGUCGUGGGAUUGAUCACUGCGAUCUGCUACCUGGUGACGCUGUUCUACUCCAUCAACGAUCUGGACGCGGUCCUGAACACGAGCAACAAUUUCCCGUUGGCGGAGAUCUACCAUCAAGCCACGUCAUCGCGAGGCGGCGCACUGGGCUUGUUGCUCGUCAUCUACAUGCCGACGCUGGUUACCUGCAUUGGCUGCUAUAUCACAGCUGGUCGCAUGCUAUGGACGCUUGCACGAGACUCGGCGACGCCCGCGAGCGGAUGGCUUCGAACGAUCAGUCCAACGUGGAAAAAUCCAUUCAACGCCACCCUUGUAUGUGGGAUUAUUUGCUCGAUCAUGGCAUGUAUAUAUGUGGGCAGCGACACUGCGUUCAAUGCCUUUGUUGGCUCGUUUGUAAUAUUGGUCACGCUGUCCUACCUGUCUGCUAUCCUGCCUCAUAUGUUGACGAGGAAACGAAAUGUGGCUCCCGGGCCGUUCCAGCUGAAAGGCGUUUUCGGAUACACUCUCGGCAUUAUCUCUUGCGCCUACAUGGCCGUCUUCAUCGUCAUAUUCUGCUUUCCAUUUGCUAUGCCGGUGGAUGCUCUCACGAUGAACUAUGCGUCCCUGAUCACCGGCGGGUUGACCAUCUUUAUAGCCGCAUGGUGGUUCUGGAAGAGCACACGGGGAUAUGAGGGACCGAAAGGCCUAAUCGAGGUUGAGGCUGCACUAGUCGCCGAAAGAAGGGCAGAUUCAGUGAGCAUAGAGAAGGUGUAG